AUGGCUACAGAAGACGCGUGUAAAGUGCACUCUCUGAGGGGAAAGGUGGCUUUAAUCACAGGGGCCAGUUCUGGGAUCGGAGCUGGGACAUGCGUCUUAUUCGCGAAACUAGGAGCUUUGUUGGCUCUGAAUGGUCGAGAUGUAGAAAAUUUAAACAAAGUUGCCCAACAGUGUAAAGAUUGUGGAGCUGCAGAGCCUUUGCUUGUGCCUGGGGAGUUGACUGAUGAAGACACGGUUAAGACUACUGUGGACAAGACCAUUGCUCACUUCGGCCGGCUGGAUGUCCUGGUGAACAGUGCUGGCAUCCUUGCUAUGGGCAGCAUUGAAACUACUGACCUGGCACAAUAUGACAAAAUCAUGAAUGUUAAUGUCAGAUCUGUUUUCCAUCUCACUCACUUGUGUGUACCUCAUCUUAUCAAAACCAAGGGAUGUAUUGUUAAUGUGUCCAGUGUCAAUGGGCAGAGAUCAUUUCCAAAUGUGUUGGCCUACUGUGUAUCCAAAUCUGCCAUUGACCAGUUUACUCGCUGCAUAGCAUUAGAAUUAGCACCAAAGCAAGUGAGAGCAAAUUCUGUUUGCCCUGGUGUUAUAAUUACUGAGGUUCAUAAAAGAGCAGGACUGGAUGAGGAGCAAUAUGCAAAGUUUUUAGCUAAAUCAAAGGAAACUCAUGCCCUUGGUCGUCCUGGGGAGGUAGAUGAAGUCGCCCAAGCCAUUGCUUUCCUGGCAUCAGAUGCAGCGAGUUUUAUCACCGGUGUAAACCUGCCAAUCGAUGGAGGCCGCCACGCCAUGUGUCCUCGAUAA